CCUCGAUUAAAUAUCUUAGAAGUCUUAAUAUCACUCAUGAAAUUACCAUCUAAGGCUAAAUUGGCUAAGGAUUGCUUCUUAGCUAUGUGUCAACAUAUAGCUCUUAGUUAUACUGAAGCUGAUUUAGAACUUGUAUUCAGUAAUAUCAUAACUCCUGAAGUGUUUGUAAGAAACUCCAUCUUAGAAGGUAUUGAUGCCGAAUUUGAUUUAACAGGUCAAUCCACUUUCUCUAGUGAGAUUUGGAUAGCUACAUUUGAUAAUGAUGAACAUUCUCGAGAAUUGGCGGUAACCAUUUGGGAUGAUAAUAACUUUCAAGUGGUUGAAGAUGCGACUACUCACCUUCUUCCAUUCUUUGGUAAUAAGAAUGCUGGAUUAAGAUUCUCUAUUGCUAGAGCCUUUGCAGCAGCUGUAGAAGUAUUAAUUCCUCAAGUUCCUACCAUUUUAGAAAGAGCUAUUGAACAAUUAAUUGAUUUAUAUCAUGUUAAAGAAAAUCCUCCACCUCCUAAAUUAGAUAGAUUUGGAUUACCUAUAAAGUCAACUAUGGAUAAUAAAGAUACUUGGGAAGAAAGAUCGACUAUUGCCUUAACUUUGGGAUUCUUAGCUCCAUUACUUUCAUCAAAAAACAUUGAAAGAGUAUUUGAAUUCUUAGUAUCAGAAAGAGCCUUGGGAGAUAAAGAACCUCUUGUCCGUCAAGAAUUACAAGAUUCUGGUAAGGAAAUCAUUAAUCUUCAUGGAAAGGAGAAUGUCGAAGUACUUAUUCCAAUCUUUGAAGUUAAUCUUGCUGCUAAAGAUGAAAGAUCCAAGACUCAAAAUAAUAUUAAAGAAAGUGUGAUUAUUCUUUAUGGAUCAUUAGCUAGACAUUUGGAUAUUAAAGAUGAUCGAUUGGAGAUUAUAGUCGAUAGAUUAUUAAAGACUUUAGAUACUCCAUCUAUUAGUGUUCAAUAUGCCAUUGCUGAAUGUAUAGCUCCAUUAGUUAAAUCGUUUGAAUCCAAAGUCCCUCAACAAUUGGAUUUACUUUUCACUAAACUCUUUGAAGGAAAGACAUUACCCAUCCGAAAGGGGGCUGCUUAUGGAAUUGCUGGUUUAGUUAAAGGUUAUGGUAUUAAAGCAUUGCGAACAUUUGAUAUUAUUCGGACCCUUUCUGAUGCAGCCGAUGAUAAGAAAGAUCCUCAUCGUCGUGAGGGAGUAUCUUAUGCAUUUGAAUGUUUCUCUCGAUGUCUUGGCCGAUUCUUUGAACCAUAUGUCAUUGAGAUCUUACCGAUACUUUUAAAAUCUCUUGGAGAUCCUGUACCUGAAGUUAGAGAUGCUACUAAUGAAGCUGCUAAACAAAUCAUGAAGACAACCACUUCAUUUGGAGUUAAGAAAUUAAUUCCCUUAGCCAUUUCUAAUCUUGAUGAGAUUGCUUGGAGAUCUAAGAAAGGAUCAGUUGAAUUAUUAGGAUCUAUGGCUUAUUUAGAUCCCACACAAUUAUCGGCCUCUUUAUCUACCAUUGUACCUGAAAUCGUGGGAGUUCUUAAUGAUACUCAUAAAGAAGUUCGUAAAGCUGGUGAACAAUCAUUAAAGAGAUUUGGUGAAGUCAUUAGAAAUCCGGAAAUUCAAGCCAUUGUUCCAGAUCUUAUUAAUGCUAUUGGAGAUCCAACUAAAUAUACUGAUGAUGCACUUGAUAAACUUAUUAAAACACAAUUUGUUCAUUAUAUUGAUGGACCUUCAUUAGCAUUAAUUAUUCAUGUAAUUCAUCGAGGAAUGAAGGAAAGACUGGCGGCCACUAAAAAGAAAGCUUGUCAAAUUGUUGGAAAUAUGUCUAUUCUUGUAGAUAGUAAAGAUCUUAAACCAUAUCUUACUGAAUUAGUUCAAGAAUUAGAAGUAUCUAUGGUUGAUCCUGUUCCUGCCACAAGAUCUACAGCAGCUCGAGCUUUAGGAUCUUUAGUAGAAAAAUUAGGGGAAGAUCAAUUCCCUGAUUUGAUCCCUCAUUUAUUAGAUACUUUACAAGAUGAAACUAAACUUGGAGAUCGUCUUGGAUCUGCUCAAGCACUUUCAGAAGUUAUAUCUGGUUUAGGUAUUAAUAAAUUAGAAGAAUUAUUACCAAUAAUUUUAAGUUCUGCUUCAUCUCCUCGGAAUCAUAUUCGUGCUGGAUUUAUGCCAUUAUUAUUAUUCUUACCAGUUUGUUUUGGUACUCAAUUCUCUCCUUAUUUAACUAAGAUUAUUCCUCCAAUCUUAAAUGGGUUAGCUGAUAUUGAUGAAGAUAUUAGAGAUACUGCUUUAAGAGCUGGAAGACUUAUAGUUAAGAAUUAUGCUAAGAAAGCCGUAGAUAUUCUUUUACCAGAAUUAGAAAAUGGAUUAUCCGAUUCUAAUUACAGAAUUAGACUUUCAUCUGUUGAACUUACCGGAGAUUUACUCUUCCAAAUCACAGGGAUUUCCGGUAAGAAUGAAUUAACUGAAGAACAAAAUGAAUUCUCGGGUGAAGUUAAUAGAAACUUACUUGAAGUAUUGGGACAAGAAAGACGGGAUAGAGUGUUAUCAUUAUUAUUUGUAUGUCGUUCUGAUGUGGCAGGUAUUGUUCGGAAUGCUUCAGUUGAUAUUUGGAAAGCUUUAGUGGCCAAUACUCCUAAGACAGUUAAGGAAGUAUUACCAACCUUAACUACCAUUAUUGUUAAGAAAUUAGCCUCUGAUGAUGAUGUUCAAAGAACCAUUGGAGCUCAAACUCUUGGAGAAAUGGUUAGAAGAGUAGGAGCCAAUGCUCUUGCACAAAUCUUACCAACUUUAGAAGAAACUUUAGCAUCUGGUGAUACUGAUUCUAAACAAGGUAUUUGUAUAGCCGUGACAGAAUUGAUUAAAUCAGCUCAACGAGAUGCUCUUGUAGAAUAUCAAGAUGAAUUCAUUACCAUUGUUCGUGAUUCACUUAUUGAUUCAUCUAAUGGAGUUAGAGAAGCAGCCGCUCGAGCUUUUGAAGCCUUACAAGAAGCCUUAGGUAAAGUGGUUAUUGAUGAAAUCAUUCCUCAUUUAUUAUCACUUCUUGAACGUCCAGAUUCUGAUUCUCAGAAUGCUUUAUUGGCUUUACAAGAUAUUAUGGAAACUAAAGCAGAUAUAGUAUUCCCUAUUUUAUUACCUUCUUUAUUAACUGCUCCUAUUGAUACUUUUAAAGCCAAUGCUCUUGCAUCUUUAGCAUCAGUAGCAGGUUCGGCCUUAUACAAACGAUUAUCCAUCAUUAUCAAUACUCUUGUUAAUGCCAUGGUCGAAUUUAUCGAUAAUGAAGCUAUUCCCGAAGCUUUUGAUAAGAUCUUAUUGGCCAUUGAUGAGGAAGAAGGGGUUCAUCCAUUAAUGCAACAAUUACUUUCAUUAGUUAAACAUGAAGAUGCAGCCAAGAGAGCCGUAGUUUAUGGACGUCUUGGUAAUUUCUUUACUAACACUACCAUUGAUUAUUCUAUCUACUUACAAGAUAUGGUAAGUCAAUUCAUCUUAUCAUUAGAUGAUAAGACUCCAGCAGUAGUUAAGGGAACUUUCGAUGCAUUAAGUGCGUUAGUUAAGAGUCAAUCAAAGGAAUCACUUGAAAAAUUAGUUAAACCUGCUCGUCAAGCCCUUGAAUUGACUGGAGUUAAAGGUGAACCAUUAGCUGCAUUUGCCUUACCAAAGGGUCCUAAUUGUAUCUUACCAAUUUUCCUUCAUGGAUUAAUGUAUGGAACUUCUGAUCAACGUGAAGCAUCGGCUUUAGCCAUUGCGGAUAUUAUUGAUAAGACACCUGCUGAUAAUUUGAAACCUUUUGCCACUACUAUGACUGGUCCAUUAAUUAGAGUUGUUGGUGAAAAGGUUCUGAGUGAUAUUAAGGCUGCUAUCUUAGUAGCACUUAAUAGUCUUUUAAUAAAGAUUCCUCAAUUCUUAAGACCUUUUAUCCCUCAACUUCAACGUACAUUUGUUAGAUCUUUAUCAGAUUCUGCUAAUGAGAAAUUACGUAGUCAAGCAGUUAAGGCUUUAAGUACAUUAAUUGAAUUCCAACCUCGAGUAGAUUCAUUAGUUACUGAACUUGUAAGUGGAGCCAAAAGUUCGGGAGAUUCUGGAGUUAAGACUUCAAUGUUAAAGGCCAUGUUGGAAGUAGUAGUUAAAGCCGGUAAGAAUAUGAAUGCUACAUCAAAGACAGCCAUUAUGACCCUUGUAGAAGAUGAAAUUACUAUUGUGGAUGAUAAAUCAGCUGUAUCUUAUGCUAAAUUAGUAGGAUCAUUAGCUAAGAUUCUUAAUCUUGAAGAAGCUAAACAUAUUCUUAAGAAUAAGAUCUUAGAUAAACCAAAUAAUACUAAUGAUAAAUUUAGUAUUCUUUCAGUUAAUUCCUUCUUAAGAUAUUCUCCAGAACAUAUUUUUAAUGCUGGAUUAUUAGAUGAGAUUGUCGAAUUUAUAGUGGCUAGUUCGAAUUCUAGUCAAAGUUAUAUUAGUGAUAAUGCCACUGUAGCUAUGGGGAAAUUAUUACUUUUACAUGAUGAAGUUGAAUCUCCAGUACUGAAGGCAGUUAGUGAUACUACUGAUUCAUUACCUAAAUUUACUAUUAGUGAUGAACAAGCACAAUUAUUAGUAACUCAAUUAGCCACCACCACUUUAUCUCCAUUAUCUAAUUCUACUGAUACGAGAAGAUUAUCACUUGUAGUAAUAAGAACAGUUGCCAGAUUCAAGUAUCAACAAUUCAUUAGUCCAUAUUUGGAUGUGUUAGUACCUUCAGUAUUCUCAUGUCUUCGAGAUCCAGUUAUCCCUAUCAAAUUAGCCGCAGAAAAGGCUUAUUUGGCAGUAUUUGAUUUAGUGGAUGAUUCAGAGCUGAAGGUAUUCAAUGGAUGGUUUGAAGGGAAACAAGAAUUUGUUACUGUUACUGGUACAUCUAUAGUUGCUAGAUCUAUUGGAGAUUAUACUAGAAGAGUGGCUAGUAGAUUAGCAGGAGUUGAAAGAGAAAGAAUAGUAGCAGGAGGAGAUGCUGAGACGAUGUUUAGUGAUAGGUAUGAAGAUGAAGCUGAAGUGUGGGCCAUUGGAGGAGUAUAGAUAUUAGAUAUUAGAUAGUAUUAGUAUAGUAUUAGUAUAGUAAUGUAUUAGUAUACCUUGUAU